GAGGCGGGGACGCGGCGGCGGCGGCGGCAGCUUUUCCAGUCGCGUCUUUCUCACUCACUGGGGGGCCCAGCGGUGGCAGUACCUUCCCCGGCAGAGCAGUGGAACCGCGAGCCCGCCGGCCAGACAGUGGGAGGGCGAACCGACUGACUGCAGAGCCGGCGGACGGACAGACAGACAGCGGGGCAGUCAGACGGCUGGGGUCGCCUCAAGUUCCGCCAUGAGCUGGGGCACGGAGCUGUGGGAUCAGUUCGACAGCUUAGACAAACAUACACAAUGGGGAAUUGACUUCUUGGAAAGAUAUGCCAAAUUCGUUAAAGAGAGGAUAGAAAUUGAACAGAACUAUGCGAAGCAAUUGAGAAAUCUGGUUAAGAAGUACUGUCCCAAACGGUCAUCCAAAGAUGAAGAGCCAAGGUUUACCUCGUGUAUAGCCUUCUUUAACAUCCUUAACGAGCUAAACGACUAUGCAGGACAGCGAGAAGUAGUAGCAGAAGAAAUGGCGCACAGAGUAUAUGGUGAAUUAAUGAGAUAUGCUCAUGAUCUGAAAACUGAAAGAAAAAUGCAUCUCCAAGAAGGACGAAAAGCUCAACAAUACCUUGACAUGUGUUGGAAACAGAUGGAUAAUAGUAAAAAGAAAUUUGAAAGAGAAUGUAGAGAGGCAGAAAAGGCACAACAGAGUUAUGAAAGAUUGGAUAAUGAUACCAAUGCAACCAAGGCAGAUGUUGAAAAGGCUAAACAGCAGUUGAAUCUGCGUACACAUAUGGCUGAUGAGAAUAAAAAUGAAUAUGCUGCCCAGUUACAAAACUAUAAUGGAGAACAACACAAACAUUUCUACGUAGUGAUUCCUCAGAUUUACAAGCAACUACAAGAAAUGGAUGAACGGAGGACUAUUAAACUCAGUGAGUGUUAUCGGGGAUUUGCAGACUCAGAACGCAAAGUUAUUCCUAUCAUUUCAAAAUGUUUGGAAGGAAUGAUUCUUGCAGCAAAAUCUGUUGAUGAAAGAAGAGACUCUCAAAUGGUGGUAGACUCCUUCAAGUCUGGAUUUGAACCUCCAGGAGACUUUCCAUUUGAAGAUUACAGUCAGCAUAUUUAUAGAACCAUUUCUGAUGGGACUAUCAGUGCAUCCAAACAGGAAAGUGGGAAGAUGGAUGCCAAAACCACAGUAGGAAAGGCCAAGGGCAAGUUGUGGCUCUUUGGAAAGAAGCCAAAGCCUCAGUCCCCACCCUUAACCCCUACUAGUUUAUUCACAUCCAGUACUCCUAACGGGUCCCAGUUUCUCACAUUCUCCAUUGAGCCUGUGCAUUAUUGUAUGAAUGAAAUAAAAACAGGGAAGCCCAGAAUUCCUUCUUUCAGAAGCCUCAAAAGAGGGUGGUCGGUGAAGAUGGGUCCAGCACUAGAAGAUUUCAGUCAUCUACCACCAGAACAGAGACGUAAAAAACUACAGCAACGCAUUGAUGAACUUAACAGAGAACUACAAAAAGAAUCAGACCAAAAAGAUGCCCUCAACAAAAUGAAAGAUGUGUAUGAGAAGAACCCACAAAUGGGGGAUCCUGGGAGCUUACAGCCCAAAUUAGCAGAGACCAUGAGUAACAUUGACCGCCUGCGAAUGGACAUCCACAAGAAUGAGGCUUGGCUUUCUGAAGUUGAAGGCAAAACAGGUGGGAGAGGAGACAGAAGACACAGCAGUGACAUAAAUCAUCUUGUAACACAGGGACGAGAAAGUCCUGAGGGAAGUUACACGGAUGAUGCAAACCAGGAAGUCCGUGGGCCACCCCAGCAGCACGGUCACCACAAUGAGUUUGAUGAUGAAUUCGAAGAUGACGAUCCUUUGCCUGCUAUUGGACACUGCAAAGCUAUCUACCCUUUUGAUGGGCACAAUGAAGGUACUCUGGCAAUGAAAGAAGGUGAAGUUCUGUACAUUAUUGAGGAGGACAAAGGCGAUGGAUGGACAAGAGCUCGGAGACAGAACGGUGAAGAAGGCUACGUUCCCACAUCUUACAUAGAUGUAACUUUAGAGAAAAACAGUAAAGGUGCAGUAACUUAUAUCUAAACUAACCGGGCAGCUCUGUGCUGUGCAUGACAUAAGAAAGAUAACAUAAAAUGAAAGCACAUUCAACAGGUUGGAAAAAAGAAAAAGGGCAUCCAAGAGUUAUUGUUCACUAUGUGAGCUGAGUGUAGGCUUGAUCUUAGAGAUGUGAAUACUACCAUAAAAAAUGUUCUCGUGACAUUUUACCGUUUGAGUGAUGUUGGUGUGAAGCUUAAUUGAUGCCUUUUGCUUUAUGUCCUGCUUAAGUCUGUGUGAAGGAUUUGUGUUUUUCUGGCUUCUAAAUUGUAGAAUUUGGUCUAUUGGAUAGGAAUCCAUAGAUAAAAAGCUUUCCCUCCCGUUGGGUCAGAAAACACAGUGACUACAGUGAAAUCAAAUAAGUAAAACUGCUCUGAAAUGCUAUAGAAACUGAUUCCCAAAAGAGUAGUUUGUUCUAGGAGUUUGAAUUUGUAGCUGUAGUUUCCAGGGAGAAAAUAGUUGAUUGAGUAAAAUAAUUUAUUUUAAUAAUAAUUUUCAUUUUCCAUUCUAUUUUUAACUUUGGCUUCCUAGAGGAAGAAAACAAGCACCUAGCACAUAAUCUAAAUAAUCUAAGCAGUAGGUUAAUCAGGAGACCCGAGGUGCAAAAUAAAUCACCCUGAUCUAGUAAUUUUCACUAAUGUACAAUCUUCCUUCUAAAAUAAUCUUACGUUUGUAUUUUUCAUCUUGAAAAUGUCUUUUGGGAAAUAUCACUUUAGUGAUUAUUUAGCAUUUAGCAGUUAUAUAUAGGAAAGUAGAUUCUAAUGAACUAAGGAGAUCUUGAGUGGAGGGAAAGUACUGGGAAGUCCUUUUAAAACAAAAACAACUUUUUCGACUCAGUUGGGGAGAAAUAUCUGUAUCACCGUUUAGGGCCUUUCCUCAUUUUAACCGAAACAUCUGUUAUUAGGAUAGAUUAUUUUUUCCCAAUGAAUGUCAACGAACAUUUGUUGUAAACAGCUGUACAGUCAGUUCCAGCAUUUUCCCACAAGGAUUGUGCAGCGCUAUUUGUGUGACCAUGUCCUGAGUAAGUCUUGUGGGGAAAUAAAGUGAGGAAGCUGUUAAGAGGCUGUUUCUUGCUUUUGCUCAUGCCUCCGAUUUGUUGGUGUUCAGGAGCUGACUGUAACAUGAUUGUAGAGACAUGUGGGACAGACACUUUGAACUGAGCACCCCUUUUGGUCCUACCAAAGGUCUUCAGUAAUUGUUCUUUUCUUUUUCCUCCUGGACUACAGGUUCCUGAAGAGGGUUUCUGAGGAAUGGGCAAGAUGUUGAAGGAGGUUACAUGCAGCUGCUUUUGGGGGGAGGGUAUUAGAAUUUUCAGGCUCAAAGAGAGAGAGGAGCAAGUUGCAUGAGUGCAUGCAGACAUGGUUAUUUUUUUUACUAACUUCAUUAGCAUUUCCAUACAUUGUUUUUAAAAAAAUCAUUGUAAUACCAAUCCUUAAAUUCCUGGCUCACAAUUAUUUAUAAAAAAAAAAAAAAAAAAAAAAGCCAACAGUGGCUGACCUUUUUUUCCAUAUACUUUACUGAUGUCCAAAUCAGAAAGAAUGCAGAGCUGUCAUUAACUUUGUCUUACAUUUGGCUGUCCCAGCAAGACUGUCUCCAUCCCAGCUCUGUUUUAAUUGGCUUUUAGGUCCAUUGUCUGUUACAGUCCUUGCCAUUUGUCAGUGUCUGCCUGCGCCACCUCCGUGCUUGCUUAACAUCUUGUUGCAUGUCUAGAGUAAUCGGGCUAGAUUUUUCAGGCAUGUCUUUAGAAUCCCUUGUUCUUGUCAAUGUCUGUGUUUUGUUUUACAUUUGGAGUGCAAAUCGCUUUGUCAAAACAUCUUCAGCACUAAUGUUUCCAUCCUAGUAUUUGUGUAUGCUGCUAUAACUUCCCCACUGCAAAACAUUCCAGUUUUGACAUUAAGAAGAAGUAGUCUGUGAAUCUGAAGUAUUUAAGAUAAGAAAAAGAAAACAUCUCUGCUCUAGCCUACAGCCCAGUUGAAAGAACUCUUUGAAACAUGAUACAUCUUCAGCACCUCAGUCUGGGAAGAAUCUAUAGUCAGCGCUGAAAUCCUGGCAUAAUAGACACAGAAGAUACUCACCACCUCAAGACAAAGGACUGUUUGCAAAAGUCAGCUGCUUCCAUUCAAGUGCUGCCUUAAACUAGAGUGCCUAAAUCUGUUGAUUGCCAACAUACCACUGCAGUAUCCCACAAAGGGCUUUGUGUGUCAGCUCAGUGCGACCUCCUUUAGCUCUGCAGCUCUGCUGCAGCUGCCGAUGUAGCCUGGUAGGUGGCUUUGAGAGCUCUACCACGUACGCUGGUGCGUCUUCAGAUGUGUGCAUCAAACACAAGACAUGUCCGAAGUCCAUUUUACUUUACUCAGUGUUUUUAAGAGAAGUUUUAUGGACCCUCCCCCAUUGUCUUUUAAUUUGGGGUUAUGAAGUCCUCAUUUGAUUAUUGACAAUGAUAGUCUGUUUCCAAGUGAUGCUUUUGUCUGAACCAGAUAAAACUUAGUGAAACUUUGUAAUGAUCUAUGUGCACUUUUAAUUGUAAAAUGGAAAUUUCUGUAUGUUUAUACUUGUAAAUAUAGUUGUUAGUGCCCUUGUUGCUCCUGUUGUCCUGCCUCCCAUCUGUAGUUCUGUUAAUGACUUGUAUCCUAACCAAUUUCAUAGUGGUGUUGUAAUAGAAAGAUUGGGGGUGAGGG